UGUGCGAGGUGGUGUCUUCAACAUUUCACAGGAAGGAUGGCCCCCAAAAGAUCUUCAGAUUUAGAUUAGAAGAAAGAUCAAAACUUGUCAGAUAAGGAUGGAUUGUUGACUGAUGGCGAUAAUAGACUGCCAUCCUGCUGCUAUUCCUUAGAUAUGUAGUAGUUAUGGCUGUAAAGUAUAAUCACAAAAGUUUUCAGAGAGACGGAAAAUAGCGACGCUGUGGCUGAAAAGCUUUUCUUUCCUGGAUGGAGACGGAUCUGAGGCUGGAGUCAAGUUUAUUCGGGAAUAAAAGAUACAAGGCGGUCCUGACAGGCUGGCAUUUCAACUGGACCGAGGUAGAUAAGAAGAAUCGAGUCAAGAAAACGAUUUCAGUACCUGUGGCAGAGGUGGUUGGAGUGGAGGAUGGCCGAGUGGAGGUCCUGCCCCAGAAGUCAGUCGAGGACACAGACAAAGACUUCACAGUUUUCUACGUGAAGCGCAGCAGCAGUGGGAACUCUCAUGGGCUAUUAUGGAGACUGGGCCGGACCCAGUUUAGCUGCCCCAGUCGGGUCGUCAGAGACCAGUGGACGAAACACCUGAGAACUGCUUUAAAAACACACAGUCCGUUGCGUCCAAGCAGGUUGUUGGUGUUUAUUAAUCCUUUUGGAGGAAAGAAGAAAGGAAGAAAGAUCUACCAUUCCUUGGUUGCCCCUCUGUUUGAGCUGGCUGGUAUCAGCUCUCAUGUGAUAGUGACAGAGCGGGCAAACCAGGCCAGAGACCACCUCCUGAAGAAAGACCUGACAGGCUUUGAUGGUGUGGUGUGUGUGGGUGGGGAUGGCAUGUUCAGCGAAAUACUUCACGGUUUGAUUGGGCGGACGCAACAAGAGGCAGGCCUUUGUGAGAAUGAUCCCACUGUCACUCUGCAGCCCUGUCCGCUUCACAUUGGCAUCAUCCCUGCAGGUUCUACAGACUGCGUGUGUUACGCCACAGUGGGAGUCAUCGACCCUGUUACUUCAGCUUUGCACAUCAUCAUCGGAGACUCUCAGCCUUUGGAUGUGUGUUCAGUCCAUCAGGCUUGUGCUCUGGUGCGUUACUCAGUGUCUCUGUUGGGUUAUGGCUUCUACGGUGAUGUACUGGCUGAGAGUGAGAAACACCGCUGGAUGGGACCUCUCCGAUAUGACUAUUCAGGCACAAUGGUGUACCUGAGCAACAGAAGCUAUGCAGGCAUAGUUCAGUAUCUACCAGCAGACCCGCUUCUCUCCAGCCCGAGAGACAGGACACGCUGCCUCUCGGGGUGCAGUGUGUGCUCCAGAAGCACAGAAAGACUUUUCCCCCACUCUGCAGAUUCAGGCUCCCUGUACAGCUCCCACGUCAGCCAGUCCAGUAGUGACUCAGAAGGUGAGUGGGUGAGUGUGGAGGGCAGGUUCAGGUGUGUGUCUCUCACUUGUAUGUCCAGCUCAUGUCCCAAGAGUCCUUUGGGCCUCUCUCCUUCUGCUCACCUGGCGGAUGGAACAGGGGACCUCAUCCUGGUGUGGGACUCUCACCCGCUUGGAUUCCUCAAGUUCCUCUACAGGCACACGAGCACACAGGACCAGUUUGACCUGCCGUUUGUGGAGGUCCACCGCGUGAAGGCCGUCCGUUUCUCUCUCCCCCACGACAAAGAGGCAUAUGAAGAGAUCGGAGGAUUGAAUGGUGAGGUAGAUGAAGAAGACAGAGGCAACGCUGAGACUGUAAGCAGGACUGGAUCUCAGCAGCACCUGGCAGAGACGAGCACAGGACGAAAAAUGGCAAAUGAGCAGAAAACAGGGACCCCCUUUUUGUGCUGCCUGUGCUGCAGUAAAGCUCCAUCUGUGUCAGUGUGGAACUGUGACGGAGAGAUUCUGGCCUCCACCGAGAUCCUCAGCAGGAUUCAUGGUCAGCUGGUGCGUCUGUAUGCCAGGGGCAUCGAGGAUGGAGCGGCCAUACACAACUGCGGUGAGGAAAAUGGGAAGUGUGAAGGAGGAUGCACCCGACACAAAUAGUCACCUAAAUUUUGGAUGAUGAGAGAAAAGUGACAAUGUUUCUAAUUUGCGUAUUUACCUAGACAGCUAGUCUGUCAUGGCCAAAGAGUUCCUAAUAUUUCAGGUACUUUUACAUGUUUUCCUUUUGCAAUAAUGAAAAAACACUAUUUAUUCCUAAAUUAGUGUGUGUUGGUUGAAAACUGUUUGUUUAAAUACUAUUACAAGACUUGCUAAAUUAUACACUUAUCUGUGUGCACAUUUUUAUGGUAUACCGUAUUUGUACACAAUGUUUGGUUUGAAAAUGUAAUUUCUCUUCACUUGAGCUUGAAGCGAAUAAAAUCAUGGGGACUGUCAACAGAAGUUAAAAGAAUAAAGAAGCUGACCCGA